UAUGCAACAAAAAUGUUGUUGUUUACCUACUCAAAAAGCAUUUCUUAUGAUUGUUUAUCUAGAUAUUAGCAGAAUCAUUUGGGGUUUAAACUACUACUAUUAUUAUUUCUAGGAACAGUGGCAUGUGCCUUCAUGUUUUAAAAAGACUCAUCCCUUUCUCUUAUUAUAUCCAUCAUGGAUAUUAUCAUCAUUGUAUUUCAGUCCUCCGUUGCUUUAUACAUUAAUAUGAGAGCAUUAAAACAGCAAAAUAAAAAACCUAUCUUCAUCUAUAGAAAAUUGAAAGUCUUAAGUAUAUGCUUUAACAUACUUGAUCGAUUGAUUGUUCCUAUUAUCAAUUGUACCCUCAUUUUUAAAGAUGUAAUAACCCUAAUAUUUAGGAUUAAUAAGAAGCAAGAUCACAGUACUGUGUACUUGAUAUUUUUGUUGCUCUCAUUAUAACUGCAAUCAUAUGGAAUCUUAUUGAAUAUUAUUUCUAUACUAUAGUAAGAGAUUUUGUCAUGAUUCUACAAUCCUCAUGUAUACCUUUUUUCUAAUUUAGAAAAUCGAUCAUUACGUUAUAUGAAUGACAGCAAACUUAAGCUUUUAGAAUAGCAAAACUUAGCAAUUGUCUUUGAAGUAGCAGGAUUGAGACCAGCUUAUCGAAGAGGAGGAUAACCUAUUAUAAAUUCAGAUAAAGUAGAAUAAGGUCAUCUUAAAAGUACUAUGGAAGUUCAAAAAAUAUAUUAACAACCAUUACAAAAUAAUUAAAGUAUUAAAUCUAACUAUUUCAGGUUUCCAAGUUUAUGGUUCUUAAUAAGAAUUAAUAGAAAUCAAUUUAAUUGAAUGA